AUGCCGCAAGCUGAACUUCCUUAUGUCGCUGGGAAGGAUACUGGGCGCCCGAAGCUCGUCGUUGAACCAGGCGCCUUCAGUGUGAGAUCCUCGUAUUCUGCCGCACCUCAGAGCUCGUUUUCCGCUCGGCGGUCGCCAACUAGCCCUUUAACGACCCGUAAGACCUUUGCGCACGGUGCUGGUCACCUCCCGAGUUGGGAUAGUGUGGAGCUUUCCGAAUUCAUUCGAACGACGUACGAAUCGAAUUCUGAAGCACGACUGUCUGCUCUAGUCGCUGGAAAGCGGUUGACGGCACACAGCAUUCUUGAGCUGGAUGGUAUCGAAGAAAUAGCGAGUGUCACAGACAACAAUCUGGUUCUUGCCAAAGAAAUGCAGUCAAUUGCGCAAGACCUUCGAGGCAUUCUGCAUAGCCCUGUCAGGUCUACGCGACGCUCUGUGACAGACAUAUUCUUUAGCAUGCCUGUUCCUCUUGAUUCGAACGUUGCAUCACCUACCGUUCCCGAUCUUGGUCAUGACUUUGAAACCGAUGGCGAGAGCGAGGACAUGGUUUCUACGGAUGCCGACGAUACCGAUGACGGUAUUGGCCCCUUCGACUUCUCAGAUAAAGAGGAAGCGGGAGAGAAAGAGAACACUACCAUUGUUGCCAACAACUCUAAGAAUGUAGGGGGAAGUUCUACCAUCGCCGAGGUCAGCACGGUGGAUCCAGAGGGCACACCACCAGAUGGAGGUGUCGCGCCGAUGACUCAGGUCGCCUCCUCUGGUGGCGAGCAAACCGAGGACCACACCGUCCGGACUCCGGAGGACGGAGAAGGCGCACAUGCAGAGUCGACCGCCAGCCGUCUGGAUCCUAUGAUGCCCGCACCCGAAACUGUUGAGAACCUGCGCACUGGUGACACUGGUGAAGAGCAGGCCGAUGGUGUCGGCGAAGGUGCUAGUGAUGCCACUGCUGCCUCGCCACUCCCGCCGAGUUCUGCGGAAGGUGCUCAUCUUGCUCCUGAACAAUCCAUGACUACCGAGACAUCCGAGCCGGUUGAAGUGGAGGUGAAGACUUCGCAAGAGAUGGAGGAUGAGAGUACUCAGAACGUCGACAAUACCGAAGACGUGCCAAACACGCCUGCUGCGAGAGGUGACUCUGAAGGCACGCUUAAUCCUUCUCCUUCAACACAGCGUUCUAUCAUCUCUCCGACUAUCCUUGUAUCAAUGCACGGCCUUAAUUCAAACCCUAGCACUCCUAUAGCGAUAAAGAAUCCCGAACAAUUACCCAGCGUCACCACUCCUACCCCAGACCUCGAACCGACCACAGACGAUUCUGCACCUUCCCAGGAUCCUGAACCAACUUCAGAUGCAAUUGCUCCUACGCAGGGUCCUGAGCCAACGCCCAACAUGUCUACUUCUACACACGGUCCUGAAAUGACAGUCAGCGGUUCACCUCCGUCAGAAGGUUCUGGCGGGAAUACCAACGAGUCUACCGCGAUGCAGUAUCCGGGACGCUCUACGAGCGCGGCUCCAUCGGCACAAGAACCCAAAACCACCUCGAGCGCAUCCACUACAUUACAGGAUCUCGAGCAAACGCGCGAUACAUUGAUCCCGCAGGAUCUUCACGAGACACCUGGAGCGUCUAUUUCUAUGCACGAUGAUACUGCUGGAAGCUUAACAGUGCCAGUAGCCACCGCUAAUGGGACGGGGCCGGAACCCUCACUAGGCAUUGCUAGUCAGUCUUCAGGCACGCUGACCACUGAUAAUGAAGAAGCUGCCAGCUCAGAAUUUGCUACAUGUUCUGUUUCAAAUUGUGAUCCCGCUCAGGUGGUUCCGCAGUGCGCUACCGUAAUCUCCGAGGGCGUUGUUAACGCCGCUGCCCAGUCUUCAGAAGGAGAACAGUUAUUGCGUGGAAGCGGACGGACUGAAACAGAGACGUCCACGGAGCUACAGAAGGCCACGGGUCCUGCACCGCCAACUCAGGACGGAGCCGUUCAACCUCCUACUACGUCCCAAGAGAAUGUCGAAACUCGUGAUCACCUCCAUCACAGCGCUGAGGUGAAAGAGACUGAUGGAGGGAAACCCAGCGGACCCUGUUGUGAUUCUGAAGCCUUACGUGCACUUCCCGCAGUUGCUCUGGGCAGGCACGACGAUCAGAAACUUACGCGAACGGUUGACCUUGGACGAUGUGGCGAAAGGCACGAGGACAACUUAUCUCAAGAUAUUGGGUCUCAUGGUCCUCAUAAUCACGAUGAUCAGAGUGACGAGUGUACAGCCAACCAGCAGGGGGAUGAAGAGCGGCAGAAUAUUCAGGAUACUGUUACUCAGCAGGACCCGAAGGACUCUGGCGGUGGCGCUUCGCUCGGCGUGCAGACAGAUGACAGCCAGAAUCACCAAAGUAGCGAGCUGCAAGACACCAAUGAGGAGAGCAUUCGGGACACUGAGGAGCAGAGCCCCAGCGGCGAAAGUGUUCGGGAUAGCGUGGAGCCGGAAGCUACAGAAGUAAGGCAUCGGAGCAGUGAACCACUUGAGAACGAUCACAAUCACGAAGAAGACAAUCGUCUCAACCAGCAUCAGACCAUCGAGGAAGUCAACCCUACCAGGGAGCAGUCACACAGUCGGGGUGACGUUCACGUGGCGCCCGAGCAGCUAGAGAGCGGCCAAAGCCAGUUGGAACGGCUCCGUCCCAUCGAGACAAAUAGCACGCAAGGCCAUGACAGCUCCCUUCACAUCAACCAGUCCGCCAACCAACAAGAGAAUAUUCCUCAGAAUAACGGUGACGAGAAGAACUCUACCUGUGCCGACCAGCCUGAUGACCAUGCAGACGGCGAGCAGGUUACUAGCGAGCAUGUUCAGGGCUGCCAGUCUUCUGGAGAUGAAAAUAGUGGUCAUGGAAAUAGCGGGGGAGAUGGUAGUCCUGACAGCGAGCAGUCGAAUGUCAUUGAAGUUGGUGGUCUGCGCAGCCAAGAGAUGCCCGGGAACGUACCAAGCGGACUGGAUAAUGUCGCCGGGGACCUCGGCGAAGUUCAUAGUGCACAGUUUCCCGCGAGUGGUGGAGGUGGUAGCGAGGACCACCAGAAUGUGGAGCAGGACAACGAUAGCCCUAACGACAAUAUAGAAUGUGAUCAGGAGGGCCGGGACAAGAGCAACCCACAGUCAAACGCGGACACCGAUCAAGGGGUGGGGAGCAUUGAUAACCAUGCGGAUACUGGAGACUCGCUUCCUGAGCCGCCACUGGACAUCGAACACUCUGUUGAAGAUCCCGUACCUUCUGGCGAGAGCAAGAUGUCGCCUACCGUGCCAGCUGUGGGGGAUGGAUCUGACGCCACCAUCGUUGGUAACGAUGCCAAUGAUCCACCAGUUUCUGGCAGUCCUUCCACUUCAAGAGAACAUCAUGACUGGGAAGUAUUUCUUGUCAUGUCACCAUCGUCGACCUAUCCAUUCAAGGGCUAUUUCUCAAGUGUGCCUUUGAACCAAGUCAUUGCUCAGAAUACGCAUAAAGAUACGGUCUUACGCAUAGAAGCGCUCGUUUCAGUGCCAUUGCGAGACGUAGCUGCUACAGAACAACCCCAGUCAAUGCUGGCAGCAGAACGUCCUGAUUCGAAUCGGUGCGGCACGAAGGGUAAAGAACGGAGGGAUCAAAAUUCGAAAAUUGCUGUUCUGCUGGAAAGUCCGAUUCAGAAAGCGACGUUCGCACGCAGCCGAGAUUCGUGGAUUCGUCUUGAGAUAGACAAGGGUCGUCUCAGUUCGAAAAAUGUCGAGGACCCGGAAGGAACGAGGAUUGAUGCGUCUGAACACGAGGAAAUUCAAGUAGUCGAUGACGGCGACUACCAGGUGGUCUCCGUCGAGGAUUAUGUAGAUCUUUCUAACCUCGCAAUCGGGAGGAUCAUCCUGGAUGACGAUCACAACAAUGAAGACCAAGGUGCUGACAUGGAAGGCCUAGGAGAGGUGGAAACUACAUGCUUCGAUGAUAUGCCAUCCCUCGAGUCGGAGCAUUCCGCGGAUAAACUGAAGGACAGUUUGGAGAAUAAUCCUGCCAUUGAUCACGAUGACUCGGAUGAUGAUUGA